CUUUUUCAUGAAAUGAUAGAGGUGGUAAAGGUAGCAUGCAGUUACGACUGUCAAUGAUCCUCAACUGAAGAAAAUAAUCAUCAUGGACAAAAAUAACAGUAACCAAGAACAUGACGACGAUAAAAAUGUUUAUGGAAUGAGAAAAAUUACAUACUUGGAAAAAUAUGGGGUUAAACACUUUCCCUACCGUGGAAGGCGCAAAUACGCACCAUCAAUUUACCAAUCAGAAGACGGAGGAAUGUUCAUCUCAAACGAUAUUUUCGGAUUGACAAUCCAACAGUUUGAACGAACGUAUAACGAUUGCCUCCAAAGAAGGAAAACACAUGAACAGUGGAUACUAAACCUUAGAUAUCCUGACAAAUCUUCAAAUAAAUAUCUGGAAUACUUACAGGAUUGUACAGACUGUAAUAAAGAACACCUUCUCUGGCCUGAAAACGAAUCUAAAGAAAAAGAAUUAUUUGAACUUUUAGUAAAGACAGUUGGUACUGAAAUAGAUAUACGUACUAGACAAAGAUUAUUUAUUAUACAUGAUAUGCUUUAUAAUGCAUUUAAUGGUCACACACAAAUAUCGAGUGGAAGUUUGGCAGAAGGAAUAGAUUUGCCAGGAAGCGACAAAGAUGUAAUGUAUGUUCUCACUGAAGCAGAUGUCAUCCGGAAUGUACGAAAUACUAAAUAUGUCAUAACGGCAAAACUAAAAUGUAAAUACCCGAUUCAACAUUCCAUAUUCGUAAUGGAGACAGAUAUAAACCAUCCUGGAUUUACAAGACUGAGAUUUAUAGCCGCAGGGGAUGAAAAAAGUCACAAUAUUUCACCUGAAAGCUUUGAAAGUACUUCACACGGUUUAUAUUUAUCAGUUGGUGAAUUUCUAAAUGGUAUAAAGAAACAAAAUCCACAUCAUCACCUUGUAAUACACGGCCCUUGUCUGUCAUUUACACAUCAAAAUGAGGAUGUUGCAUUUUGCCUACGAAGCAAAUAUUUACCUUACAACGCAAUUUCAUGGACAAUGCGUCAUCGAAGGCAAUGGCCCCCUACUUUUGUGAUUGACAAAAUCAAACAAUACGGAUGUUUGCUAGUACCUAUAGGGCCGAAGCAUGUGUCAGAUUCUAAUAUUUUAUGGAGAUUGUCUUUUUCUGUGGCAGAAAAACAACUUGUGCAUUCGUUUAAUUUUACUCAAUUAUUAUGUUACGGUCUUCUCAAAAUAACCUUAAAGCGUAUCGUUAACAUAAAAAAUUAUUUCAAAGAGUUAUUGUGUUCUUACUUUAUGAAGACGGCUUUAUUCUGGGUCUCAGAGGAAGUGGAUAUUGACACAUUUCAAAUACCUAAAUUGUUUACUUGUUUUUUUCUCUGCUUAGAAAAAUUAACAUCAUGGGUCAAAAACUGUUACUGUCCAAAUUAUUUCAUACCUGAACACAACAUGUUCCUAGAAAAGAUCACCCCGAAUAACAAUAAAAUGCUACUACGUGUGCUGAACACCAUACAAGUUGGCGGAAUCGACAGAUUGACGAGGAAUUUAUUUCCGCUUAACUCUGUUUUAAUAAGUACAAAGAAAGAAUCUUCGUUCAUAAAACUUGACUUCUUAUACUUCAGGAUUUAUAGAAGUAAGGAUGUGCAUGACUUUAAAGAGUGUUAUGAAGUAAUGGCACUUACUCAAUCUUUAAUUAGGUCAGAAUCGUCCACGUUUAUUAUUGAUGUAUGUAAACAUGUGCAUGCUAUUUACAGUCAAUUUGCAGUGCAACUUCUACCUUCACCAAACAUGAUACCUAAAAUGUACAAACUGUAUCAUAAACAUUUACAAGACUGUAUCAAGACAGAUGCUGUAUCGGGUUGGUUGUUAUAUGCUUCCUUUUAUUAUGGCACAGGACAGUUCAGAAUAACACUCAAACUGAUAGAUUAUGUUCUAUCAAGAUCUUCACCGAAUAUGGUGCCUAAAUUAAGUAGCUUUAGUGAAGAGCUUGUAGACCGUUACAGACAAAAUGUGCAUCCCAAAAUGACAUUAGUUGAAAAAAUGAAGAUAGCGAUUGUAAGAAAUGUUGAUUACUUGCAACACUCAUCGUUGAUUCCAGUAGAACUACAGCUUGAGGUGAAAGAUAGUCCAAUUAGUAUAUCGUCCAUUGUAAUGUCUCACUGUCUUAGAUUUCUAUCCUAUCAUCAUCUUAAUAAGGUUCGCAAUAAACAACAGGCUUUACGUGAUUUAAACGCAACAGUAAAAGAAGAAUGUGCCAAAGACUCCACCAGAUCAUCUGAUUUAUUAACAGUACUUGGAGUAUGUGUGGAAUUGUCAGGAGAUAAAAACUUAGCCUAUGAGUGUUUUCAAAAGGCUUUACGAUGCAACUUUAUGAUAUGUUCUUCAGCAAGAAUUCGCAUGUCAAAACUUUUUGACGUAUAAUAUAAGUUUCGUCGUAGUUUCGAAAAAGUCUUAUCGAAAUAUCAAUAUGAAACGGUUAUAGAGUAAAUGACGACCGUGCAACGUGGACAUUCAGGAAUCUAACGUAUCAACUAAUAGAUGUUAGCGUUCUUAUGGGGCAAUUACAUUAUAUAAUACUGCUGUGAAACAGGAAGUUGACAAUUGGAAAGUUAUAUAACUCAUACUUCAAAUAUAAUUAAUGAUCAUAGUUCAUUUAUCUAACAGGAGCAAUUCAACAAGGGACAACCAAAACUCAUAAGUCAAAGAGAAAAAAACAAUGUCAAAUAAAAAUCGAAACAAGACGAAAUGACAAUACUAUGGAUUCAUUAUUAUUCGUUGGAUACUAAUUUUCGUAGAUUUCGUGGAUACAGGCAAACCACGAAAUUAAAAAUUCAACGAAUGACAAAUUUUCUAUAGGCUUAUAUGCAAACCUUGCCAAAACCACAAAGUUACAUAUCCACGAACAUAAGAGUUUUCCUUUCUACACAAAAAUUGGUACCCACGAAAAUAAAUGAACCCACAGUAUUGGCAAAUAUCUGCAUACCUCAUUUCACCCACAAAUAUUGGUACCACAACCUAUCAAUAAAUUGACACUGUAUUUCAAAUCUGCACGCACCACGUGAUAUAAUAUCCAACU